AUGAGACGUAUUAAUGAGCUGCUGAAGGAGCAGCUUAAUCAAGAUGCUGAGGAUCUCAAAGUGAAAAGGAAUGAGCUUGCUUUGGUCCGACGCGGAAUAGAAUGUGCUGGAAUCCAAAACUUGCGUAUUAAGGGUUUGCUACUUACAAGCGAAAGUGCAGACAAGGUGGUUGGUUGGGCUUUAACCCAUCACGCCUUGCAUUCAAACCUUGUAUUGUCCGCUGAGAGUAUCCUACAUGGACUUCAGUUGUUGAACUCUAACAAUAAUGAAUCAAAGAAGGUUUUUAAGGACCUUGUAUUUGAAGACGAAUAUGAGAAGAGGCUCCUGGAUAAUGUCAUCACACCUAGUGACAUUGGUGUUAGUUUUAAUGAUAUUGGGGCUCUUGAAGAUGUGAAGGAUACACUGAAGAAAUUGGUGAUGCUCCCCGUACAAAGGCCUGAGCUCUACACCAAGGGGAAAUUAACCAAGCCGUGCAGAGGUAUCCUUUUAUUUGGUCCCCCGGGAACAGGUAAAACAAUGCUUGCAAAGGCAAUUGCUACUGAAGCUGGGGCAAACUUUAUCAACAUUUCUCUGUCUAGCAUUACUUCUAAGUUUAAUGGCGAGGAGGAGAAAUUUGUGAAAGCUAUGUUCUCUGUGGUGAGGAAAAUUUCUCCUACUGUUAUAUUUGUCGAUGAAGUAAGCAUUUUUUCUUAUAAGUGUAAUUAUAUUGGUUUUAUUUAUUCAUUGACUAUUGGGAUGAACUACCCUAUCAAUUAUGCUACUUGAGGCCUUUCUGUUUCUGCAUUGGAUUAUUCUCAUCUGGUUUGUGCUGAGGAGUAUUAGGUUUUGUUGCUGUCACUUUUGUUGUUGUUAAUUCUGUGCCUGUUAGCGUUGUGGGAAUGAGCUAAACAUGUCAGAUGUGUGCUGCUGUUGAUCUUUUCUGCUGUGGUUCUGUUGCUGUUACUUUUGAUGCUGUUAAUUCGGUGCCGGCUUGCGUUGUGGGAAUGAGUUGAACAUGUCAGAUGUGCUGCUGUUGAUCUUUUCUGUUGUGGUUCUGUUGCUGGUACUUUGAUGCUGUUAAUUAUGUGCCUGUUUGUGUUGUGGGAAUGAGUGAACAUAUCAGAUGUGUGCUGCUGAUCUUUUCUGCUGUGGUGUGUGUUGCUAUUGGACCAGCAUGAUUCAUGUUGGUUUCUUGUUUUUUCUUUCUUUUCCUGUUACUGUUUGUUCCUUUCUUGUUCUUUUUUUUUCUUUUUCUUUGAUGUGUAGUUUUGUACUAUGAACUUUAACUCACUUGGGAGAGUGUGUUCCCAAGAUUUCUUAAUAUUUUAUAUAUCAUUUCUCCUUUCAAAAAAAAACUUCACCCGCUUUGUUUCAGGCAGAUAGCUUGUUGAGUCACAGGGGAAAUCCAAGGGAGAGCGAAAAACUUCGGAAGUUAAAGAACGAGUUUAUGGUGAACUGAGAUGGUUUACUGACUAAAAAUACUGACCUAUCUCUAUUUAACCAAAAUCUAACAAAGAGAUAAAAAGAAACUAAAUCUAUCUAAAACUAAGAUAGAUUUAGAGAUAGGUUUAGAUAGAUUUAGUUUCUUUUUAUCUCUGCUAGAUUUUGGUUAAAUAGAAAUAGGUCAGUAUUUUUAGUCAGUAAACCAUCCCAGUUCACCAUAAACUCGUUCUUCAACUUCCGAAGUUUUUCGCUCUCCCUUGGAUUUCCCCUGUGACUCAACAAGCUAUCUGCCUGAAACAAAGAGGGUGAAGUUUUUUUUUGAAAGGAGAAAUGAUAUAUAAAAUAUUAAGAAAUCUUGGGAACACACUCUCCCAAGUGAGUUAAAGUUUAUAGUACAAAACUACACAUCAAAGAAAAGAACAAGAAAGGAACAAACAGUAACAGGAAAAGAAAGAAAAAAUAGGAAACCAACAUGAAUCAUGUUGGUCCAAUAGCAACACACACCACAGCAGAAAAGAUCAGCAGCAGCACACAUCUGAUAUGUUCACUCAUUCCCACAACACAAACAGGCACAUAAUUAACAGCAUCAAAGUACCAGCAACAGAACCACAACAGAAAAGAUCAACAGCAGCACAUCUGACAUGUUCAACUCCUUCUCACAACGCAAGCAGGCACCGAAUUAACAGCAUCAAAAGUAACAACAACUGAACCACAGCAGAAAAGAUCAACAGCAGCACACAUCUGACAUGUUUAGCUCAUUCCCACAACGCUAACAGGCACAGAAUUAACAGCAACAGAACCUAAUACUCCUCAGCACAAACCAGAUGAGAAUAAUCCAAUGCAGAAACAGAAAGGCCUCAAGUAGCAGAAUUGAUAGAGUAGUUCAUCCCAAUAGUCAAUGAAUAAAUAAAACCAAUAUAAUUACACUUAUAAGAAAAAAUGCUUACUUCAUCGACAAAUAUAACAGUAGGAGAAAUUUUCCUCGCCACAGAGAACAUAGCUUUCACAAAUUUCUCCUCCUCGCCAUUAAACUGAAGCCAAAAGGGCAACAACUUAAGUUUUCAAGAAGGAGUUAGGUAAAAUUUCAUGUGAUUCAGUUAAAAAAACAGAAAUUCCAUUAUUGCUAAAUUUAUUCAUGUGAUUCUAUUAAGAAUGACAAAGAGGUAAAGGUGGAGAACAAAACCGAUUUGGGACCUUAGAAGUAAUGCUAGACAGAGAAAUGUUGAUAAAGUUUGCCCCAGCAUCAGUAGCAAUUGCCUUUGCAAGCAUUGUUUUACCUGUUCCCGGGGGACCAAAUAAAAGGAUACCUCUGCACGGCUGCACAUUUAUUUCGACAAAGCUUAAUUGUUAAAUCAUCAUAAUUUUGUAAAUCAUACAUGCCUAUAAGAGAUGCUUGUAAGCUCCUAAUUUCUCCUAAACAGGAUUAUAACAUGGACAUAAAGGCAGAGCAUCAAAAGAUUAAAGUGCAUUAAAACAAACAAAACCUUGGUUAAUUUCCCCUUGGUGUAGAGCUCAGGCCUUUGUAUGGGGAGCAUCACCAAUUUCUUCAGUGUAUCCUUCACAUCUUCAAGAGCCCCAAUAUCAUUAAAACUAACACCAAUGUCACUAGGUGUGAUGACAUUAUCCAGGAGCCUUUUCUCAUAUUCGUCUUCAAAUACAAGAUCCUGGUUGGACAACGCAAACAAUGUGAUUUAAUACUAGGAGAAAAGCUAGCUAGAACAAAUAUCAAUGGAAAAAAAAUCAUAAAAAUACCUUAAAAACCUUCUUUGAUUCAUUAUUGUUAGAGUUCAACAACUGAAGUCCAUGUAGGAUACUAUAGGAAAACAAAGCAUCAAGUCAAAUAUACAGUUUUAAAUAAGAAACAUGACAAGUUAUUGAUCACCUCUCAGCGGACAAUACAAGGUUUGAGGCGUGAUGGGUUAAAGCCCAACCAACCACCUUGUCUGCACCUGCAAUGUAAAAAAAUGUAAAGUUGGUAUAGGAGAAACAAGUUUUGACAGGCAAAUGCUAAAGCAUAAACAUACAUGCUUUCGCUUGUAAGUACCAAAUCCUUAAUACGCAAGUUUUGGAUUCCAGCACAUUCUAUUCCGCGUCGGACCAAAGCCUGUGUAACACCCCACUUUUCGUUAUUAGGUUAUUUAUUAUUUUAUCUUAAUUAUUAUUAUGCUAUAUGGUAAUUUGAUGAAUUAUGUGAUUAUAAUUUAAAUCUCAUGUGAUAUAGAAUAAGAUUUAGAUAAAUAAGGUUGUUAGGUUUUUGUGUGAGUAAUUGAGAGUGGGGCCCAAUAGUAUGACUAUUUAAGGGAUAUGAGUGAAUUAGAAAGAGAGAAAUCAGAAUUUGAGAAUUGGAGAAGUUAGCAGAGGAGAAGAAAAGAAGCGUGAAAGAGAGAAGGGGAGAAAAGAGAAGAAAAACCUAGAAUUUGAUCUUCAAGAGGUAAGGGUUUGAAUUCAUGUUUUAUGGAUUGGUAUGAUAGUGGAUAAUGAUAGAAAGCAUGAUUUAGGAACCCUAGGUUGCAAAAAUUCCCAAAUUGAAAUAGUUAGGGUUUGGUUUUUAGAUGAUUUUGGGGGUAGAUGAUAGGCUUGCAUGAUGCGCAGAAAUUUACGUUCUCUUGUACCCUUUUUCCUGCUAUGUUAAUGGCCGAAUUUGAAGAAGUAGUCUUCAUAAAAGUUGUAGGUUUUUCUGUUACGAAACUUUUGCCACUGGUUUCACGUCAUUCCGACGUCUGUAGCUCGAGUUAUGUUGAUUUUAGUGAGUAUAGGUUAAGCUGUCCAGUUUCUUACGAACUGCGGUUAGUGUACGAUUUUUCCUGAUUUUUGUACUUCGAAUUGUGACUUGAAAAUUUAUAGAGGUUUACAAAACGUGUAUACGGAACCAUGAUAAAAAUAUUAGAUUUUUCUGAGUACAUUUGAUAAUUUACAUUUGUUUAAUAGUUCAUUAGAUGUGUGGUGCGCGCACAUGGCGAGUUGCGCAGGAGGAUGUCGCGACAUGGCGAGUUGCGUAGGGAGAUGUCGUGAGAUGUCGCGACAUGGCGAGUUAUUCAGCGACAUGGCAAGUUGCGUAGGGAGAUGUCGUGAGAUGUCGCGACAUGGCGAGUUGUGCAGUGAGAUGUCGCGAGAUGGCGAACAGGAGCAUGUCGCGAGUUUUUGGGAAAAUUUAGAGAGAAAUUCAGUCUUUAGGAAAUAGUUGCAGAACCUGUUAUAUAUGAAUUAUAUUUAAUUUACAUCUAUUUUUAAUAAUCAUUAUAUGAUGUUGUUUCUGAAUUGAUGUUAUGUUUGAGAUGCUAAGUUGUUGUGAUUGCAAGUUGUAUAAUUGAUAACAUGUAAUAUGUGUUUUGUGCAACUGGUGAUGAAUAUGCUAAAAUAAUUAGGACUUGGAGAUGGUCUAAAUAUGCAUAUGUUAGUUGAGUUUUGCACAAUACACUGCAUAGUUGUCAAGAGGCAAUGUUUGCUAGUUCUCGUGGAGGCUAGUGACUUGUCCCAAAACUAGAGUGGUUUUGAAGCCUAAAGCGAGGGCUUUAUUGGUGGUUAUCUGUCUGGAGUGGACGCGGUGAUACCGCUAAGGAUAACAACUUUGGUACCAAAGGCAUUUGCACGGGUCUCACUUGAGUCAUAUGUGUUAUGGUGAUAUUUUUGGAGAGAUUUGAUGUGGUGGUAAUUAGAGACUAUUAUAUAUGUUCUAAUUGAGCUAUAAUUUAUGGAGUAUUUGCCAUAACUGUGAACUUGAUUAAUUAUGUUAAAAUUACAUAAUUUAUUAUUUGUUAGUGAAUGUGAGUAAUUUAUGUGGAGCAUAGAUAAGCUUUUACAUUAUUUAUUAUUAUGCUUAUCCAUAUGAUAUGAGUUCUCACCCUUCUGUUGGAAUGAUGUUCUAUGCGACAUCGCUGAGGUACCCAAGAUAGUGGAGCUUCUCGCGAGGGUUAGUUGGAGGAGCUAGUCUUUCAUUUACGGUUUAGUUAGGGGAGUCAUGCUCUGUUAUGUAACACCGGGAAAUGUUUAGUUUUGUACCUUGAUGUUAAGAGUUACCUAUGAACUCUCUUUAUGUUAAAUUUUGGAGUUGAAAUAAAUUCGCUGUGCUAUGCAUAUGAUGUUGCGACAUUAAAGUUGGAAAAUUUAUAUAUUUAUUAUGAGCAUGACAGGUGUUUUGAUUUA